AAAUAAAGUGCCGGAUGUUGUUGAACGUCCUGGCACCUUCACGUUUCUCUCUGCCGUCCAAUGCACAGACGAGGAGGAGCUAAAAGUGUUUUUUAAAGUUGACUCACUGGUUCUUCUUGUGGCGGAAAGGAAAGAGUUGGAAUUUAAAUCGAAACUUUGACAUGUUGUCGCUGAACGACGGUCGAAGUUUUGUCAGCUGAGCUGAAGACUGCGACUGUCCACAGCCGAAAGUUUGAAGUUGAUUUCGUGUUUUUCGGUCGAAGAGGCGGCGGCAUACCGACGUGCUAACCGACGUGAAGUUAAAGAGGAGAGACGGGAAGUGAUUCACCAGUUUGAAGAUGAUCAUGAAGGGGCAGAAGCGUAAACUCCCCCCAGAGGACGAUGAGGAGGUGUCGGACCGGAGCAGCCCGUUCUGGGAGAGCCAGCGUCAGUUUGUGUUCUCCGUCUCCCUCAACAAGUACCAGCGUGGCCAGGAGCUGCCCGCGCCCAGCCUGCGGCGGUCUGUCCUGAUCGCCAACACACUGCGGCAGGUCAGCAUGGAGGCCUGUAGGGCGCCCUCCGUAGACAUGGAGGUGUCCCAGCCACAGUGUAGCUCUUCGUCUGCGCUGCAGGAGAGCUUCUUAACCGCUGCAGCAAUACACCAGUCGUCUGUGAUGUUUGCUAACAGCCACUCAGCUCUCAGCGGCUGCCCUCUGGUGUCUCUAAAUUACUUGUCAAAUUGUGCUACAAAUAGGUCUCCAGCAAGCUGCCACUCAGGUGCGUCAAACAGCCCUCCGUCUGUGAAAGAUGACGAUGAGGACUGGGGAUCGAUGUCCACGGAUCCCGAUUUCUCCCUUUCAGCCGCCAUCUCCUCCAUUCUCUCUGCACUGGACUCCACCAUCGACGUGAGCCCACAGGCAGCUCCGCGGACGCCUCUCAGGUCCUUGGAGAACCUGUCGGCGCCGUCCGAGGGAGGCGCGGCGUGGGCGAAACAGGGAGGCCGAGGUUACGGGGGAAGCUGGGAGCAGCAGGAGGAGUACGGGCCGCGGGAGAGCAGCGUGGAGGUGAUGAGGUCGAGCUACCUCAGUGAUCUCACUGUGGAGGAUCUGUUCCAGGAUAUAGACACGUCCCUGCUGGAGAGGGACAUGGGUGUGCUUGGACUCCUAGGCAAUGGAGGCGGAUACCCGGCUGGGGAUGACCUUUUACGGUACCUACCGCCUUUCCCCUCCUCCUCCUCCUCCUCCUCCUAUUCUCCCUCUUCCCCUCAGCACCCCUUCUCCCUCUCUCUCAACCAGAACCUGAAGUGCCUGCCUUCGUUCUCCUCGUUCAGCCCGUUGUCUUCCUCGCCGUCUUUCUCACCUUCGCCAUCCUUCUCCGGUCAGAACCAUAUGAGAGAAGGACUUGAGCUGGAGCAUCUGAUGGAGAUCCUGGUGGAGUCCUGAUGGCCUCAUCGUGCUGUAAUAAACACUUAGUUAGUGGACAAAGACUGAAUUCACAAGGCAAAGGACUGAGUUAUGAAACAUGUUGAAUAUUCACUUUGUCAUAUGUAUAUUGUUCAAGAAAUGUUGUAUUAUGGGCUUUAGAAAGUCGUAAGAAUGCUGUAGAAACGUAGAAAAGAUUGAUGUCUAAGACAGAGAACGCUCCACAGAUGAGGAGUGGCUGUGAUGCGUCUGGCAGCAUGAAGAGUUUGUGUUUUCUGGCACAAAUGGAGAAGUGUGAAGGUUUUCUUCUUAGUGCAUUAGAAAUGAGUCAGCGCUUAACGAACUGCUGAAAAGCAUGUUACUCAAGUUUCCAGGGUGACUCAGCUAAUUUGGAGCUGAGGGAAGGCCUCCUGAUCCGGGAAAAGAGAGAGAAAACUGCUUCGGUUGGCUUUGCCCUCAAAUCUGUCAGACGCAUCACAGCUUCAAGUAAUCCUCCGUUCACACCGGACGUCCCGGUUUGUACGGAGUCAGAAGAAACGCAGCAGCCGGUAAUGUACCGGUGCUGAUCCAUGCAGUGAAAGGAGUUGGACUGAACGUCGGGUGACUUAAAACAGAGUUUGGAGAGAAUGUGAUGGGGCUGGUGUUCGGGGUGGAGGAUGGGUUGAAACACUAAUAUUAUAGGUCAGAUCUUCUGUGAAGAAAUCCUUUACCCUCAUAUUUAUCAAUGAGUGACAUCAGGUGCGAAGAGAUCAGGUCAAACAGGAGGAGCACCAUGAAGACGUGCGUAUUAUAAAGUUUAGCAUAUUCAGGAGAUCAGGUGGUUCGGCCUGAAGGAAUCUGAACUGUGAUCCUUCUUUGUGUCCCUCAGUUUAUCAUCCGUUAUGUUUUCAGUAAGCAGUAGUCGGAGGUACAGUACGAUACAUUUCAUGAAUGUAUUAGCAGUGAAGACCUCGUUACCUUGUGGAAAAAAA